AUGUGGGCGACGCUAUUGGAGAUCAGGUCGCUGCAGCAGGAAAUCGGCGUUCGAAUGGAUCCGAUCGGGAGAAGCAUAUACCUCACAGCACUCGCCAAGAGCGCUUUCGGGGCUAUGUGCGGUGUUGUUCCAGACAGGCAGCGACAGUUGGUUCAGCUUGGGAAGGAUGUGUGGGACGAACGCGAUCCGUCGCCAGACGCGCUGAACGAAAACAUCGAAUUGAACGCCGCCUUGACUGUGUGCGCAGUUGCGCGUAACAAUGGGGGUUUGUCCUGGGCGCGAGAUUUGUGGCGUUGGGCAGGUGAGCAAGAGUUCGAGAUUGAUGCUUUGCCAUACUGCGCCUAUGCCAGUGUCUUGGAGACGUGUCAGCAGCACCAGGAGGUGGACGACAUGAUCCAAGCCGCGGCGAUGUCAGGAGAACUAUGGAUUCAAGACGUCACUUUGGGUGCUCUGAUCAAUGCGGCGGCUGAGAACAAAGAUUGGCAGCGUGCCAACGUCUUGUGGCGAAGGUGGACACAUGAAUACGGAGUAUUGCCAGACCUCAUCGCAUACAACAUCAUGUCGAAGGCGUUAAUGGUCUGCGGGCGCGUACUCGAUGCCUUGGGUCGGCGGAUUUGGGAUGGGGUCUGCGAGGUAGAAUUGAACGGCAAUUUCAAGUCUGUCAUCGAUCGCGCUCAGUUGCUUCUCAUCAACUGCCACUCAUCUCCAUCGCAGCAGAAUAGGCGCCGACUGCGGGAGGCGCUACAAUCCGGAAGCAGAGUUGCGAGGCAAGCGAAGCGCGCAGCCAGCGAGUGGAAAAAGAUCCGGAAUGCUGCGCAGCUCUUGGAAGGAAGCAAUAUCGAGUCGGUUCGGUUCCGCGACGUGCUCGUGGAGUGGAAGGCCAAACACCUCAGCGACAUGAAAGACUGGGAAAAUCACGCAGGGGGCAGUCAGUACCUGGGCGAAGCAGCAGCAUUGUAG